GCCUGCUGAGUUGGGGACUGGGGUACAGGGGCCACGUGUCCCCUUCCUCUCCAGGCUGGCAAACCUGCUGGAGGCCAUGUCCAGGGACCUUCAGCAGACCCCCACAGAGGAAAGGAGGAGCAUCACUGACUCUCUCAUCGCCCAGAGAAACCUGUCCUGCCCCACAGAAAAAGAGACCCCAGAGAGCAUAUCCAAGGCCUUGGCAUCUCUGCUCACCAUCCGCUUGGACAGGGAGAACAUUUGCACUAUCAGCAACCUGCAGGGUCUGAGAGAGGUCCGCAGUCUCUACCUGCAAGAGAACCAAAUUGAGACUAUUGAGAAUCUCAGCUGCCUUCCCAACCUCCGGUUUCUCUCGCUGGCUGGGAACCUUGUCCGGGUAGUGGAGAACCUCCAGGACCUGCGGCAACUGCAGUUCCUGGACCUGUCACAGAACCGGAUCGAGACACUGGACCCUGAUGAGCUGCCCUGGACCCUCCUCAUCCUGAACUUAUCGGGAAACAGGUGCACCCACCAGAAUAGCUACAGAGAGUUGGUGCUCGGGGCCUUGCCCCAUCUCAUGAAGUUGGACACCCAGCUUGUCCCCAGCUGGAGGGACCCUGACCCAGCGGAGGAGGAGGAAGGAGCUUCUGAUGACAGUGACUCUGAGGAAGAUGAUGAUGUCCCUGAGCUGACUGGUCCUUUCUGUGCAGACAAAGAGUUCUUUGCAGGUCUCCGGCAGGAGCUGGCUGGCCGCUCACAGAGGAGGCGGCAGGAAGCACUGAGCGAACACCAGGCCCGGCUGGAGGAGCUCACAGAGCGACAGAGACUGAUGCAGCCGCCAGGAGAUCUGGGCCCAGGAAGCCGGAAGGGACCAGCGGAGGAGGGAGCUGCAGGAGGGAGAUCGCCAGCCCCUGGGCUGCUUGAGCCGCACCCCAAGUCCGGAUCUCGGCUGCUUUCUCUACCAAAGGCAAGAGGCUCUACGAGGUCUGGCACCCCACGCACUGGUGGGCAGAGCAAGCGUGGGAGCGGGGCCCGCCUCAAGCCCCCGAAAUGGGAGGCUUCCACCAUAGUUAAAACUGCAGCCAGAGCAACAAAGAAGUGACUGAAGCCCAGCCAGCCCCCGCUGCAAAGGCACAUGGGGGAUUGACCGCGCCAGUCUGGACAAAACAGCACAGUGGCACUUGCGAUUGAAAUGUAAAACCUCUUUAUUCCACCUCA